AAUAACAUUAAACCUUACAUAAAAAUACAAAUGUAUCUUUUUGUUUAUUUAUUUUAUGUAAUUCUGAGUGUAUUCUUAUUUUAUUCCAUUUGGAUCUUUUAGGGAAGAAUUUGAAAUUCCAAUAGGAAUACUUCAGGUUCACUUCGAAUUCUGUAACACAACACCUGUAAUGGUGUGAAAUCAUUUGAUCUUUUUGCUAGAAAUUUCAGACAUCCACUCCGUGGCCUCCGAUCAUUCCAACCGAUCCCACGAGCGGAAGAGGAGCAGCCGCUCUCGUUCUCCGGACCGCCGCUCCGAGCCCUCGGACCACUCCAGACAUUCUCCACCACAGAUCAGCAACGGCAGGGCCGCAGGGCCGACGGCUCAGAGAACCCGGCCAGUUCACCGAAGCCGUGAUGAAGAAAGGGUCUCAAAGGCUGGGCCACUUCCCGUACCCACUAAGAUGGUGGAGGAGAAGCCGAAAGAGCAGACGGCAGCCAGAGAAGAGAAACAGCUCCCCCCUCUGCCAGAGCCCAAGCCUGUGUACGCCCAACCCGGCCAGCCUGACGUGGACCUGCCUGUCAGUCCGGCAGACGCCCCAGUGCCCAGCGUCACGCACGAUGACAGCAUCUUACGGCCGAGCAUGAAGCUGGUGAAGUUUAAGAAGGGCGAGAGCGUGGGGUUGAGACUCGCUGGAGGGAAUGACGUUGGGAUAUUUGUGGCGGGAGUUUUGGAGGACAGUCCUGCUGCUAAAGAGGGCCUGGAGGAGGGAGACCAGAUUCUCAGGGUAAACAAUGUGGAUUUUGCAAACAUCAUCCGCGAGGAGGCAGUGCUGUUUCUGCUGGACCUGCCCAAAGGAGAGGAGGUCACCAUCCUGGCCCAGAAAAAGAAAGAUGUGUAUCGGCGCAUUGUAGAGUCUGACGUAGGUGACUCAUUCUACAUCAGGACCCAUUUUGAGUACGAGAAGGAGUCGCCCUACGGUCUGAGCUUCAAUAAGGGCGAGGUCUUCAGAGUGGUCGACACUCUUUACAACGGCAAACUGGGCUCUUGGCUCGCCAUCCGCAUCGGCAAGAACCACCAAGAGGUGGAGCGGGGCAUCAUCCCCAACAAGAAUAGGGCUGAGCAGUUAUCGAGUGUCCAAUACACUCUCCCAAAGACUCCAGGAGGGGAUCGGGCUGAUUUCUGGAGAUUCAGAGGCCUCCGUAGCUCCAAACGCAACCUGAGGAAGAGCAGAGAGGACCUUUCUGCUCAACCCGUCCAAACAAAGUUCUCCGCUUAUGAAAGAGUGGUGCUUCGAGAAGCUGGUUUCUUGAGGCCCGUGGUCAUUUUUGGGCCUAUUGCGGAUGUUGCAAGAGAGAAACUGUCCAGAGAGGGACCUGACCUCUUUGAGCUUGCAAAGAGUGAACCCAGAGAUGCAGGCACAGACCAGCGCAGCUCUGGAAUCAUCCGUCUCCAUACCAUUAAACAGAUCAUUGACCGAGACAAGCAUGCUGUGCUGGACAUCACCCCCAACGCGGUGGAUCGUCUGAAUUACGCCCAGUGGUACCCCAUUGUGGUGUUCCUGAAUCCCGACAGCAAGCAGGGUGUCAAGAACAUGAGGACCAGGCUCUGUCCCGAGUCCAGGAAGAGCGCCCGGAAACUGUAUGAGCGUGCUCUCAAACUGAGAAAGAACAACCAUCACCUCUUCACCACCACUAUCAACUUAAACAACAUGAACGAGGGCUGGUAUGGCGCUUUGAAAGAGACCAUCCAGCAGCAGCAGAACCAGUUGGUCUGGGUCUCAGAGGGCAAGGCAGAUGGCGCUCCUGACGAUGACCUUGACAUCCACGACGACCGCCUCUCCUACCUCUCGGCACCGGGCAGUGAGUACAGCAUGUACAGCACCGACAGCCGACACACUUCUGACUACGAGGACACCGAUACGGAGGGCGGGGCCUACACCGACCAGGAGCUGGAUGAGACCAUGAACGACGAGGUGGGCCUGCCCAGCGAGCCUGCCAUCACACGCUCAUCCGAACCUGUCCGAGAGGACCCGCCGGUCAUCCAGGACGCAGCUGGGUACCCGAGCUACCAGCAUGCUGUGCCACAACUGGAGCCGGUGAACCGCAUCGACCCGGCCGGGUUUAAGAUGGCAGCUCCUCAGCAGCAAACAGAGGCAGCUCUGGCCUCGCCGCCCCCUCCCUCUGCAGCGACAGCAGCGCCCCCUGCUGUACAACCCACCGCGCCAAUAGUGGGUACGAACCCAGAGGAGCCGACUGGCACCCCUCAGGCCAACUCCCUUAACAGCCCCGUCCCCGUUCCCGACCCCCAGCCUGACCCUGAGCUCGCUCAGCCCCCAACACACGACCCCCACAAGUUGCUUCCUCCUGGCCCAGAUCCAAAGAUGUAUAAAAAGGAUCUGUACAGCGUGGAUGAGCCGGUGCGAGUGAACCACGGCGUGAAGCCUCCCCUUCCCCAGCAGCCGCAGCAGUCUUUAGCCCCCCCCACCUCGCUCUCCUACAGCCACCAGCCUGUCUACCAGGACCAACAGCCAUACCGCCAGUACGAACACCCGCCUUAUGGCUAUGACGGUGGCGGCUACGCACAACCAAAGCCUCACAAUUAUGACCCGCACCUGCACUACGACAACCGUGUGCCUCACUACAACGAGCAGUGGCCCCCUUACGACCAGCAGCAGACUUCACCCCAACCACCCCCUGCGCCCGGCUACCCUCAGGCCCACCACCCUCCUCCUCCUCCACUGGGGUACGAACCCCGCUCUCCAUACCAGGACGGCCCAACCAGGGAUUUCAGCCCGCCUCAGUCCCAAUACGAUGGCGUGUCCCCAAUGAGUUAUGAUAACCGUCCACGGCACACUAAACCUGCUCCUGCUCGCUACGAAGAGCCGCCUCCUCCGCCCCAUUCAGUCUCCUACGACGCCCGCUCACCCUUCGAGUCCCAUCCACAUGGGUUCCCAGGCAAUGCGCAUCGCUCCCCUGAUCCGCCCAAGCAGUAUUACGGCGACGCUGCAAUGAGACCCUCCUACAACCCUGGAGCGCCGAACCGAGGGUAUAAACCAACGCCACACGAGCCCGUGAUGAACUCUGAACCUCCCGCUCCGCCUCCCAAACCUGAGGCCAUCUCGUCUUCAGGAGAUCCUCCUCACCCUGCAACUCCCAAACCAUUGCCGCCUCCCGCCAGGGAUGAUGACGAUGAUGAAGACCCUGCCAUGAAGCCACAGUCUGUGCUCAACCGGGUCAAAAUGUUCGAGAACAAGCGCUCCGUGUCUGUUGACCGAGCCAAGGAUACGCCAGAAGUAGCAGGAAUUAAGCCCACAGAUCUCCCAAAACCUGUGAGCACACCUGGUCCUGUGCUUAAAGCCAACUCUCUCAGCAACCUGGAGCAGGAGAAACCCUCUUACAGAGCCCCAGAGCCCCAGAAACCUCAGCCGCGUGUAGGGGACGACGUGGUCCGCUCCAACCACUAUGACCCAGAUGAAGAUGAAGAGUAUUACAGGAAGCAGCUGUCGUAUUUUGACCGCCGCAGCUUUGACAGCAAGGCCAUGAAUCAGCCCAACACUGCAAUCAGUCGCUUCCACGAGCCGCCCAAACCUCCUCAGACCCAGAUCGCAUAUCCUUUCGCCAGGACGGAGUCUGUGGAAAAGGUGAGUCCUGUGGACAAGAGGUACGAGCCCUUGCCGUCCGUCAACCCGCCACCUGCUCCAUACAGCCAGCCCACACCGGCUGCUCCACCCACAUCCCUGCCCAAACUCAGCAACAUCGAGGUGAAGUCGAUGCCAGAUCCUCACAGCUCUCCCAAAGCCAAACCGGACUUGUUGGCUCUCAGAGCUCCAACCCGGGAUGACCCCAUCCAGAACAGCUACCUGCCCCCCAAGUCUACUAUCAACGGCAUGGAUGCCCCUCCCAAAACACUAGGCGUCCCUACUAGCUACAACCGCUACGUCCCCAAGCCUUACACCAGCUCCGCCCGACCCUUCGAGCGCAAGUUCGAGAGCCCUAAAUUUAACCACAACCUGCUUCCCAAUGACACACAGUCCAAACCCAGUGUGAACAACAAUCUGAAACCUCAAAUCUCGCCCCAGCCCCUGGACACAGACAGCGGGGUCGACACUUUCACACGCACCAUGGACAACAGGCCCAAGUAUCAGCACAACAACAUCAAUGCCCUUCCCAAGGCCGUUCCUGUCAGCCCUACUGCACUGGAUGACGAUGAGGAGGAUGAAGGUCACACGGUGGUCGCCACGGCGCGGGGCAUCUUUAAUUGUAACGGUGGGGUGUUGAGCUCCAUAGAGACCGGAGUCAGUAUCAUCAUCCCACAAGGAGCGAUUCCAGAUAGUGUGGAGCAGGAGAUCUACUUCAAAGUGUGCCGGGACAACAGCAUUCUGCCCCCUCUGGACAAAGAGAAAGGUGAAACUCUGCUCAGUCCUCUGGUGAUGUGCGGCCCUCACGGUCUGAAGUUCCUGAAGCCCGUGGAACUACGUCUACCACACUGUGCAUCUAUGACCCCUGAUGGUUGGUCUUUUGCUCUAAAAUCCUCCGACUCCUCGUCGGCUGACCCCAAAUGCUGGCAAAACAAGUGUCUACCAGGAGACCCCAAUUACCUGGUGGGUGCCAACUGUGUGUCCGUGCUGAUCGACCACUUCUGAAGAGAGCAACAGCUGGUCUGUUACUGAACGUCAGCCUAUGGACCCCUCUCCAGUUCUACUCAAGAGGAGGGAUUUGCACCUCUUUAUGAAGUAUUCAUUCUUCCAUCUUUUCUUUGAUGGGCUGAAGCGUCGUUCCCAAAAAAUCUCUUUGAGAACAGCACUGAUGGCACAGUGCUACAGAGCGCUCCUUUUCCCAUUCCCUUUGGUUUCCUCUUUCCUUUUUUUUUGAGAUUGGUUAAGCUUUUUUCUUUACCUUUUGGUGCUUGAAGACUUGCAAAAAAUGACUGAAAUCGAACUGCUAAUGGAAUGCAUGACCUGUGCCACAGACAGUCGGAAAAAGUUAUCCCAUUUUUGAUCCCAAGUCUUGAACUUGAUGGAAAAUAGAUGGAAAAAUGAAGUAGUUUUACGUUAAACAAGUGAAUCUCACCAAUGUGUUCCCAAACAGAAAAGUCCAUGUAUGUAGAGCUUUUUUGUUUGCGAGGUCAUGUGUUUUUUCGUGGAACGCUGUUAUGGAUUUUCACGGAUCUGGAAAGCAUGUCGGUUUGUAGAGAAUGAAGAACAAUUGAGACUUGUUGCAGGAAAGAACUGCUCAUUGAAGGAAUGUGACUGUUGCACUCAUCUGCUCAUGGACUUCCCUCUCUGGCUAAAAAAAAAAAAGAAAAAUGGGCUCUUUUUCUCGUUUUGAAGCGAUCUUUUCUAGCGAUGUUUUACCGUAGAUAAACAUUGACUGUGGUUUUCCCAAACUCCUGCUGUCUAGAGAUCUAUGCAUGUGCUAUGACUCAGGUCCAAACGCCUGCUACUAAGUUGAGUACACAAACCUACCCAUCAUCCACUGCAAACAGUGAUGCCUUAUCUGCAUUAUUUUUUUUUUGUACCUUUGACCCGAAAGACUAGCAAACGUCGAAUUUCUGUUACAGAGGGAAGGACAGGAAACCCUCCCACCGUAAUGAAGCGGGAUAUUUAGCACACAAAUAAUGAAGUCUGAUCAACAGGUCUGCUUUCUCACUGCUAUGCAUUUGAAGUCAAAGAAUAUACACGAACACUAGGAUAUGUUUCAAUUACAGCUGUAUAUAUUGUGCUAGCAUAUGGCCUUGGUUCGCUGUAAAUUACCUUUUGUACAUCUUUGUUAUUUUGUAUAAAACCGUAACUAAACGGAAAAAAAAGAACUAUAACGUUUGGUUAUGUUUCUAUAGCCUUGGAAUUUACCUUAGCAGUACGGUAAAGGGAACUGAAACGAAUAAAAAAAAAUUCCAUAAUGCAACGAAAAAAGGACGUUAUCUUUUAUACCAACAGCAUAUAUAUAUAUAUAUAUAUAUAAAACACUACGUAAUGGCAUUUUUAACAGUUACAGAAACAUUUUUAUUAUUUACAAACUAGAAAAGUGCUCGGUUUAAAUAAUUUAAGGACUCUGUACUUCAGAAGGGUCUGUGUUGGUGGUUGGACCACGACUUUAUUUGUGAUAUUGGAUGCUGUAUUGUGUGCCCUGAAAUGUAUUUUUGUACUAAUAGACAGUUUAUUAAGGCACAUUAAUAUGACUUUGUUUUGAUAUGACGACGCAGCUUCAUCCCGCGUUCAGUUUCUUUACUUUGUGUGGCCACAUUCUUUUUAUUUUCUUUGCAGCACAUUUCUAAGUAUCCAACUGUAUUAAUAAAUAAAUGCGUUUUUAAAGUAAAAAAACAAAAAA